AUGGCAAAACCCUUCAUUAUCAGUUUCCUCAAAAAAAAGAGUAAGAAAACUGUGGAGGAACUCCAGACAACCUUGGACAAGCUGAGAACUCUGGCAGGUGGCUUGGAGAGUAUUCACAAAGGCACCACCAUAGGCAGUCUGACAGGAGGUGUUAUUGGGGCAGCUGGAGGAAUCACCUCUUUAGUCGGGCUCAUCAUGGCUCCCUUCACUCUGGGCGCCUCCCUGAUCGUCACUGGGGUGGGUAUUGGGGUGGCUGUCGCUGGUGGCGCCACAGCAGGAGUAUCCAACAUCACCAACAUGGUCAAUCAGUCCACCGACCGCCUAGCCAUGAAAAACAUCAUCAAGGAGUUCCAGGAGAAGAUGAACUCUGUGGUGACAUCUCUGCAAGACAUCGCUGAGGGUUUGGAGACACUCAUGAAAAGUAGCUCUUCUAAGACAGAAAGUGCCGGUUUAAAUGUAGAGGCCGCUGCUAGUGCUGGGGUGAGGGUUGGGAAAGGCGUUGCGGGCACCACAGAGCUCUUCAGACUACUCCGGGUAGCCAAUAUUGGCAAGGUGGCAGCCCAAACUGCCAGGGCAGUGCGUGUGGCAGAGGUGGCGACAGGAAUAUUUUCAGCUUUUUUUGUAGCGGUUGAUAUCUUCUUCAUCGCCAUGGACGCCAGAGAGAUCCACAACAUCCGACAGGCGAAGGAAAAUGAUACCAGUAAGUUAAAAGUGAUGGACACAGACUCCUUCACUGAGCUGAAGCCUGGAUGUGAAGAACCAAAGGCUGAGGUCAAGUCAGAGACCAUGAAGUUCAUCCAGACGAUCAGACAGACAGCUGAACGGCUACAGGAGAGCCUGGACGAACUGAGGGAUGUCAUCUCGUUCAUUCCUAAGAUAGAGGACUGUUACUUAGACGACUGACCUACUCAGUGAUUAUAUUAGAUGCAUAAAGAACAGAUCCAAUCAUACUUUAAUAUUGAACUUGUCUGCAAAAGG